AUUGUUAGAAUAAAAUAAAUCUUUCAAAUCUUUUUCAAACUCUUUCUCUUUUUCUUCUUUGGUCGAGAAGCAAAUCUGAAGAAAGGACAUCACCAAGAAGCCUAAAGCAGCUCAACUUCCUACAGUCCAAUAUCUCAACAUCUUUCUUGUAUUCCUGGAUGAGUCAUGCAGGAUGCGUGAACUCUUACAUGCCAACCACUUCCCUUGAUCUGCUUUAAGCACAGCCACACGCAUCACGCCCUCCUCUCCAUCCUUUUCCACUUUGUAUUUCUUUCCCUUCUUCCAAGCCAACACAGACACGGACAAGGGUUUCAGAAAAAGUUCAGAAACAAGGGAGAACCAUCGCCACAAGGUCCGCCUCGCGCUGCCGUUCCUCAGCACCCGCCGCCAAGCUGCUGCAACCCGGCGGUCCGCGUCAUCGUCCUCUCCAUCUCUGCGCGAGGAAUUGAUCCGAGAGCACACGUAUGCGACGAACUCGUCCUCGACAUCCCCUCCUACUGGCGGCGUACUUCAUCGACUCCGGCGGUUCCGCGACUCCUUCGACGCUUCUGAGCACGGCUCCAUGAUCCUGGUCCUCGUCGCCGGCCCGCUCCGUCUGCCAUCCGGCCAAACCUCCGCCCGUUUCUGGCUCCCCAUGGACUUCCACAUCGAGCGCUUCUCGUCCCCAAGCCGCUCGAGCUCUCCUUCAUCGUCCCUGUCCCCGACCACCGCAUCCGCCACAGGACUUGCGGUCAAGUUCGUCGUCCUCUCCACGCGUCGUUGAGCGCCCCCGAGCCGUUCGCUUCACCGUCGAACUUCCAGGCAUUUGCUUCUUCCUGGAUAGGAUCGCGAAGUGGUGUGGUGAGAUACGACAAGUUCUCCGGAUGUUCCUCGGUAAGCUUUAACAGGCAAGCAUUUCCCCUAUACUCCUGCCCCUGCAGAAGUCGCUCACCUAUUUUAUUUUGCCUUCUCCCUCAUGCUAUCCUUAAGUUGCGUUCUUGUCACGUGUCCUUUCCACUUGUUACCUCAAGCAGCCCAUAUUGCCACAACCAACCACCAACCUCCUUUGCCCGCCGCGGCGCUACCGGGCCCAGCUGCCGGGCCAUUGGAAGACGGCUGGACCGCAGUAAUGACGCGUCGUGCACGACGCGAGGCUCGAAGGGCCACGGCUGCGCCCAGUAACUGCGGCCGCCGACGAUGCAUCUCCUCCACUCCGGGCGUUUCCCCUUCGUCUCCGCUCCCUACAAGAGGAAAACUUCGUCCCUGCUUCCGCUGCAGCUCCCUAGAACAUCUGGUCGCCUCCUGCCCAAGACAGCGUGGCCGCAGACGCUCUUCACCAACACCUCGCCCAAGCCCUCCGCAGAGGCCGCACGCUCUCACUCCGUCUUCGGCGACCAUGUCGUACCUCGGCCACCCCUCCACGCGCGAGGAGGAGGACUCCUGCUUCAUCGCCACCUCUUACGACCUCGACCGGGAGCGCCUCGAUUGGGAGAACACGGCCAUCGUGGCCUGGGUGAUCGCGGCGCCUUCGGGGACGGACCGCACCGACGUUGAAGACGUUUUUCGCCGCAAGUACCGGCUCCGCCCGUCGGAGCUGCUGGUGAGCUCGCACUUUCCGGAGCAAUAUCUUGUCAAGUUCUCCUCCGCCGAGCUGCGCAAUGAGGUGAUGCGCACGGAACGCUGCAAUUUCAAGCUCGACGGCCUCGAAGUCCAUUUUCGGCCGUGGCGUGCUGUCUCUCACGCCUACAAUGCGGAUUUGCAUUUCCGCGUCCACUUGGUCAUCGACGGCCUCCGUCCUUUCGCUUGGAGACCGGAGGUGGUCGAUCAGCUGGUCGGCCGGAAGUGCGCGGUGCAGCGACUUGAUGAUGGCUUCACCACCAUGGAGGACACUUCCUCCUUCGGCUUGUGGGUUUGGACGGCUUCUCCGCACCGCAUCCCCAAGGUUCUUUGGUGCACCUUCAUCAACAAAGGGGCGGGGGGCCUCUCCUCCAAGGUGCGCAUCGAAGAGGACAGACCCGACCAAUGGAAGAGGGGCGUCUCCUUCAGGAUCUUGCUGCACAUUGACCGCAUCGAGGAUUUCACCGGGGCACCGGUGUUGGAUGGUGGCGAGCCCGUCACCGACUUCAGGCCAGCGUCGCACUCUCUCCCUCGGUGCCAUCUCGGUACCAUUGAUGGCAUGCCGGUCAGCGCGGGAUCGGGCUCCAUUAUGCCGGCCCCCAUCCCGGCCUUGGGUGAGCUUGGCCCUGCCUACAACCGCGUCCGCGACUACGAGGACUGGCACGAGCGGGAGCGCUCUCUCACCCGCGAAGAACGUGAAGAUAGGGCUCGCUCCCGCCCGCGGGAGGAGGACCGCCGGGUUUCCCAUCGCUCUCCUUCAAGGGGUGCCGACCGACACCGUUCGCGCUCUGCUGCGCAAGAAGAUCGACGCCGCCACUGCUCCCGCCAUGCCUCGCGCUGCGACGACCGCGACUCUCGCAAGCGCCAUCGCCGGAAUGACGAUGACGAAGAGGAUAGACGUGGACCUCGUCGUGAACAACCAAGGCGCGCCUCCUCACACUCCAUGCGCGCCAAGUUUUCCUCGUCGGCGGAUGGUCGUCGCGGAGUCGGAGGUCCCGACCGUUCUUCGGGCCGCUCCUCUGGUCGCUACGAGGGCCGCAGCCGCCACUCCACUACGCGGCGGGUAACGUCCCAAGGCAGCGGGACGGGCAAGGUUCCCUCCGAGCUGUCGCUCCCCUCUAUCGCUGAGGGGGAGCUGGACGCUGCUCCUCUUCAGCCCAUGGACGGCUCUGCUGUUACGCACCAUGUUGCCAAAGAUACUUGCAGGGACUGGGUUGUGGCCAUCAAAGACGUGCCUGAAGGUCUCACUACAGGAGCUUCACGCCUGGCCUCACCUCCUCCUGUAGUGGAAGCUAGCUUCAGUUUACCCAGCUCGUGGGAUGAAGACGGCGAGAAUCGCGCCCCAGGGAUGUUACUGCCAUCGCCGCGGCAUGAUGCUGCCUUGCAGCCCCUCUCUGCACUGUCGGAGGUGCCAGAUUCAUGGGAGGACAACAUCAGCACGGUGCAAGUUGAAGCUCCAGUUACGGACGCCGGCGUCGUCUCUCGCGGAGACAUGCUCGAUGUUAACCCAGCUCCGAACGACGACUCCGGCUCGCAGAACGCCAACAUGUCCAUGGCACAGGACUCCCCAAUGGCUGCGAUGGUCGAGCUUUUUGUUCGCCCACGGCCGCCUCUACUUCCGCUGCCCGCCCCGAGGUCUCCGCUGCCCCGCCUUGGCAAGGAGAAGCCACCUACAGAAGCUAGGCGCAGCGCUCGUCUCGUUGGCAAGCCAAAAAUGCAUGCAAUGGACAAGGCCAUUCACGUUUUGAACUCCAAAAUGGGAGUUGCUGCUGAGGGAAUGACUCUGCUGGAAGCUAGGAAGGCGUACUUGGACAAAUACAAGUCUCAGCUUCCGAACAAGACAAUUGAUGCCUUUGUCAAGCUCUUCAAGCUCAAUAUCUGCAGCAUGACUGAAGCGGACGAGUCACUCAUCGCCAUGGCAGGCCCAGGGGGCUGCGAGACUGCCGAGCAGGGCCUGAUCGUCUAGUUGAAGGCUGCUUUUCUGUCUUCCUUUUUGUCGUUUGUGGACGGUCGCCGUGUCUGUGUUGCUCUUCUUCUGCUGUGCCGUCAUUGGUUGUCUGA